CACAGACUCAUUUCUUGUCCUCCUUCCUGAUUUGGAUACAGAGCUAUGUCCAAGAACUUAGCAUAACACUUGGUUCAUGAAAGUAAAUGGGACAAAUGCAUUCAGUAAAAAGAAGGAAGUAGAAGGUAGAUCCACUGUCUUAACAAUCACAAACAGAGGAGUAAGAAUUGCAGAGACACUGCUCUACUACGGCUGCCGCCGCUCUGACAAGGACUACCUGUACUGCAAGGAGCUGGCCCAGUUCCACCAGGACGGCCCCCUCACCCAGCUCAACGUGGCCUUCUCCCGGGAGCAGCCCCACAAGGUCUACGUGCAGCACUUACUGAACAGGGACAAGGAGCAUCUGUGGCAGCUGAUCCACGAGGCGGGCGCCCACAUCUACGUCUGCGGGGAUGCUCGGAACAUGGCGAGGGACGUGCUGAACACCUUCUACGACAUCGUGGCCGAGGUGGGGGCCAUGGAGCAUGCCCAGGCCGUGGACUACAUCAAGAAGCUGAUGACCAAGGGCUGCUACUCCCUGGACGUGUGGAGCUGGAAGCCACCCGGCCCCACCUCACUCGGCCCCUCGGGCCCCGCAGACUUGCCUCCCCGUGUAAUCAUUUUCGUGGCCCCCUUCUGCCAGUCUCCCAGGAUGGGUUCUGCUAGGCCCUCCCCCAGGAGGCAGGCCCAGGAGCAGAAACUGGUCCAGGCCCUGAGGCGCAAGCCCUGGAGCACCCCAGCCCUGCGGCAAGUGGUCAAGGGUGUGUGUUGUGUGAACACCUCGGGAAGCUAAGCUAGAGGGACAUAUACAGCGUGGUGGGCACCCACCUAUGGCUACAUCAUCAGCUGUCAAA